AUGCGGAAUUGCCACCGUACUUUGUCGCCACCUAUCAGAAAUAAUGCUUCGACUAAAUUGAAGGUGAAUGUGGCAUCUAAUAAUUUAAAUACUCAAACUCAUCUUGAGAAAGAACAUCAAGCUCGAUUAGAAUCAAUUAGUAUAAAUAUAAAGGAGAUUAGUACAGCGAUUGGUGAAAUAAGAGAGCAACUAGAUCAUUUCAACAAGAGAUUUAUUAUUCUCGAGCAACAACAAAAUAAAACGGCACAUACAACACCACUGGCAAGUGCAACAAACUCUACCUCAAUAGAGACAAUAGAAAACAACAAUACAAUUUUUCCAGUAGAGAUAACAAGGAAAGAAGAAACUCAACGCUCCACCUGCUUCUUGUGCGCUUUCUUCGGUAGAAAAUGCACACUAUACUUUGACGAUUUAUAUCGUUUUGAUACGAAAACAAUCAACACGGAAAUCGGCGCUGAUCCAAUACGACUACAAUGUCCAUGCAAACAUCUCAUUCGUUAUCAUGAGCGUAAUCCAAAUUCAUUAGAAACAGAACUUCCUGCAUUUGCAAAUCCACCACUUCGCCAGCGUCUCUAUGAAGAUUGGGUUCCUCCACUUUUUCAAGGCUGGAUAAAUUAUGUUUCAGCUUAUAAAAAGAAAUGCAAUGAACUUGAACAAGCAGAUGACUUAACUAAAGAAGAUUAA